UUUUGUGUUGUCAUUGACAGUCUAUGAACGUUUUUUCCCAUUUUUAUCUCGUGAUUAUCGACUUCAAUGGAUGGUUACGUUAGCGAUGGUCCUGUAUCAUUAGCAAUUGGAGUCAAUAAAAGAAAUAAUUCUAAUAGACCAAUUCUUCAUCAUAUUUCUGACCGUCAUCCGAAACACGUUUUAGAAGCUCUAGAUGGACUUCGACAAAAUAAAGAGCUUUGUGACGUUGUGUUGAAAGUUGGUUCUCGUGUUUUAUAUGCUCAUAGAGUAAUUUUAGCUUCUUGCAGUCCAUAUUUUAAAGCAAUGUUCACCGGAAAAUUGGUAGAAAGCCGACAAGUAGAGAUACCAAUAAGAGACAUCGAUGAAAAUGCAAUGGAAUUGUUGGUAAACUUUGCGUACACAGGUUCAAUUUCCGUCAAAGAAUCAAAUGUACAAACUCUUCUACCAGUAGCGUGUUUACUUCAGCUUACUGAAAUACAGGAGAUUUGUUGUGAAUUUUUAAAAAAGCAACUAGAUCCCAGCAAUUGUUUAGGUAUCAGAGCUUUUGCCGAUACCCAUUCCUGUAGAGAACUUUUAUGUUUUGCCGACACUUUUACGCAGCACAACUUUCAAGAAGUUGCAGAAAGUGAGGAAUUUCUAUUGCUGCCAUAUGGUCAGCUACUUGAUAUUCUUUCAAGCGACGAACUUAAUGUCUCAUCUGAAGAGCUUGUUUUCAAAGCAGUUAUAGCAUGGGUUAAGCAUAAUGUAUCAGAACGUCGACAUCAUUUGUCUUCAGUCCUUCAACAUGUUCGACUUCCACUGCUUGGACCAAAGUUCUUGGUAGGAGUUGUAAGUACAGACAUGUUGAUCAAGAGUGAUGAAGCAUGUAGAGAUCUCGUAGAUGAAGCUAAAAAUUAUCUCCUUCUACCUGAACAAAGACUGCUAAUGCAAGGCCCACGAACCCGACCAAGAAGGCCAACAAAAUGCACCGAGGUUCUAUUUGCUGUAGGUGGAUGGUGCAGUGGUGAUGCAAUCAACAGUGUUGAACGAUAUGACCCUCAAAAUGGGGAAUGGCGUCUUGUUUCACCAAUGACUAAACGACGUUGUGGUGUUGGAGUUGCUGUAUUGGAUAACUUAUUAUAUGCUGUUGGUGGUCAUGACGGUAGUAGUUAUCUAAAUAGUGUUGAACGUUAUGAUCCAAAAACUAACCAAUGGAGUUCAGAGGUUGCUCCCACAAGCACAUGUCGGACUAGUGUCGGUGUUGCUGUCCUAAAUGGGCACAUGUUUGCAGUUGGUGGUCAAGAUGGAGUAUCAUGCCUUAAUAUUGUUGAGAGGUAUGAUCCUAAGGACAAUCGUUGGUCAAAAGUUGCUCCAAUGAGUACAAGACGUCUUGGGGUAGCUGUUGCUGUCCUAAAUGGUUAUCUUUAUGCAGUAGGUGGCUCAGAUGGUACAUCUCCAUUAAAUACUGUUGAGCGAUAUGACCCUAUUGCAAACCAAUGGAAAGCAAUGCCAAGCAUGAGCACGCGUAGAAAACAUCUUGGUGUGUCUGCAUUUCAAAAUAAAUUAUUUGCGGUUGGUGGUCGUGAUGAUUCAACAGAGCUCAGCAGUGCGGAAUGUUUUGAUCCUGAUAUAGGUCAUUGGUGCCCUGUUGUUGCCAUGAAUUCAAGAAGAAGUGGUGUUGGUUUGGCUGUAGUAAAUGGGCAAUUGUUAGCUGUUGGAGGUUUUGAUGGUACUACAUAUCUUAAGACUAUUGAAGUAUUAGACUGUAAUAGUCAAUGGAAAAUGUAUGGUGGUAUGAACUACAGACGACUUGGUGGAGGUGUAGGAGUUGUCAAGGUACCACUGUGUGAUACUAUCGGUUUUUGAUUCACGCUUGGUUAAAAUUCUAAAGCUAUGCUUUGGAGUUGAAGUUCUUUUUCAGGAACAUACUUAGCAUGUGCUUUAAAGUUUGUUCUAUAUUGGUGAUGAGAGGUGUAUGUUGCCUGAGAACAUAGGUCUAGUUAUGGUCCGUGUGUAUUAUGUGUAUGGAAGAACAAAUUCUUGGGGGUUCACUUACUGAGUAAUCAAUAGUGUGUUUUCUACCUUUGCUAAAUUUUCUCCUUGAACUACAAGUCUUUUUUUAAUAUCUUGCAAUCCUUAACACUUUUUUCUUGCCAUUCCAAUAUAACUCUCAAUCUCAUCAGUUUCCUUUGGACAAAGCGAUGUUAACACUUCAGGUCCUUCUUUUGUGAUUAAAAUAUCAUCUUCAAUUCGAAUUCCAAUUCCUUUGUACCUUAAAUAAUUCAAAUCAUCAUAGCACAAGCAAGUAUUUAUGUACUACCUAGGUAAACAAUACCUUACCUUGUUGGUACAUCCAUGUCAUUUCUUACGUACACUCCAGGUUCAAUUGUUAUCACCAUACCUUCAUCAAGUGGGAGGUUUUUACUCAUUGAACAUACAUCAUGAACAUCCAUUCCAAGAUAAUGUCCAAUAUUAUGUGGACACAGUUGUCGAACUAGCUAUAAAUAAAAUCAACAUGAGAAAGUGACAAAAAAA